AUGAGCAGGUCCACGAGGGUGCGGAAGGUGGUGUCGUACAACGACAAGGCCCUGGAAGGCGCCCAGCGGGAGAAGGCUGACGCAUGGUUCAAGGGGUCGAGCGCCUUCUCGAAGCUCGAGAAGGACGCGCAGGCGAAGCGGGCCCUCGAGGACGAUUUCGAUGAAGAGAACCGCGAGAACGGAGCCGCGAGGCCCGCGGCGAAGCCGGCCAAGUCGAGCAAGCAGCGCGCCGGACCGACGGAGCGCAGGAAGACCGUACACACGAAGGACGCCGGCUACAAGCGCCCGCACGCCGUCGAGAACACAGAGCGGGACGCCCUGAAGCGCCGGCGCACCAACGUCGACCCCGCGGCGCAGCGUGCGGCCGCCUCGAAGCACGCUGCGGUGCACCGCCCGGCCUCUCCGCCGCGCAUCGUCCUCGACGACUCGUCGCUUCCGUCGCCCGGAGGCGCCCCGUCCUCGAUCGACCUCACGACGCCCGGAGCGGACUCCGUCGCGGCGCCCGCGAGCACCGAGGCGCCCUCGUCCCCCGCGGGCGUGCUCUACGACGUCGCCCCGGCGCCGCGUGGGGGCGGCGCGCGGGCCAAGGACGCGCCCCGGGAGUCGGAGAAGUCCUUCAACGCGCUGAUGGACGAGUUCAGGAAGCUCGAGCGGAAGUACCGGGCCCUGAAGGAGAUGAAGAUACAGGAGGUGGAGGAUAUCAUGCAGGAGCAGAGCAAGAACAUCGAGAAGCACAGCCAGGCCACGCGGAAGCUCGCGACGCACUGGCGCGAGGAGGCCGAGCGGCAGGCGGCGCUGGCCGCCGGCGCCGCGGAGGCGAAGGCCGCCCUCGUCGCCGUCACGGACGAAAACGGCGAGCUAAAGCAGUCCCUGCUCGAAUCCGAGGCGAAAGCGGCGGCGCUGGAGCAAGCGCUGGUGGACCUGGAGCGCCGCACGCAGGCCGCGGAGGCCGCCGCAGCGAACGCGGACGCGCGUGUUGCGGCCGCGGAGACCCGCGCUGCGCAGGCGGAGCACGCCGGUGCGGCCCCGGCGCUGCAGGGCGACCCGAUGGGCAGCCUCGAGCUGCUGACGGGGCUGCGGGCGUUCCCGGCGGGCUGCGCGAUCCGGUACGAGGACAGCCACACGGGGAUGGCGUUCGAGCUGCACCCGGGGGACCCGCGGCCGGCUGCGAACGGGAUGGAGCUCGAGGACGAGGUCAAGUACGUACCGUGCUCGCUGGGAUCCGCCGGGAAGUUCCUGCCGAGCUUCCUGCGCGACGAAAUCGUGUUCUCGCUGCGGCAGAUGCCGCAGUUCAUGCAGCGCAUCCUCCCGGGCGUCAUCGCGGGCCGCGGGGCCGCAGCUCAGCGCCAGAGCGUCAUGUGA